CCGUGCACCGGUGUCUGUUGUGUUUGUGCUCGCCCAACAUUAGAAUUCAUUUAUUGUAAUUACUCAAUACCAGUGCUUUUUGUGGCUGUCAAACCCUACGGUGAUGCAGCAGAGGUCGAAUAAACACCCUACCAACAAAGGUGUUCUGGGAGUUAGAUGCCGUCCAUAACAGCCCCGUUUUGUGCCAAGUAUCAGUAUGGAUGAAGCAACCCUUGAGGCGGCUAUUUCUACCUAUGGGGCCCAGCUGCAGCAAGUAGAGUCAGCCCUGUCUGCUGGCCUGGACCCCUCCCAGCAGUCAGACCUUCUUAAACUAAAAGAGGACCUUUGUCAGCUGAUAGAGCUCACUGAAGCCAGCCUUGUGUCUGUCAGGAAGAGUCAGCUGCUGGCCAGCCUUGAGGACAAUAACGGACUACAGUCAAAUACCACAGAGGCUGCAAAUGACACGGACAGUACAAACAGAAAUCUAGGAGAUGAGUUUGCUGCUUUCUAUGCUGAACUUGGAGAGUCCUCAGGUGGUAGCUUUGAGACUAGAGAGAGGGAAAAGGCAGAGGAUGAUGUGGAAGAAGAGGAGGAGGAGGAAGAAGAUUCACUCAGUGGUGCCAAAGUAAGAGCUCCCUAUAAAACAACAUGGGGGACACUGGAGUAUCACAACGCCAUGGUGGUGGGGGCAGAACCACCAGACGGAGAAGAGGCACAAGUAAGAGUUCUCUACCUGUACCCCACCCAGAGGUCGAUGAAACCCUGUCCGUUUUACCUUGAGGACAGGUGUCGCUUCAAGGAUGAUUGUCGGUUUUCUCACGGCGAGGUCGUAUUUGUCUCCGAGCUCAGAGAAUUCCUUGAGACUGACCUCAGUAAUCUUGAAGAAGGAUCAUCGUGCUUGGCUCGGCAUGAGGAUGGAAUCUGGUACCCAGCCAAAAUUAAAGAAAUUGACAGCGGUUUCUACACUGUGAAGUUCGACAGCCUGCUGCUCAAAGAAGUUGUGGUUGAGGCUGACUGUAUUAUCCCCCCUCUAAGAGAAGAUGACCCCGUCUCUUCUGAGUCUGACAUGGAGGACACAGGAGAUGGAGAUGACCUGGGAUAUGCCAAAGUUAUGGACUCUGCUGCAGACUCCACUGACUCGUUAAACAGCUCAAACUUUGGUGGCUGGGAGGCGCAUACCAGAGGAAUAGGAUCCAAACUUUUACUUCAAAUGGGUUAUGAAUAUGGAAAAGGUUUAGGAAAGAAUCAGGAGGGUCGAGUAGAGCCCGUCAUGGCAGUGGUCCUUCCUAAAGGAAAGUCCCUGGACCAGUGUGCUGAGCUCACUCAAAGACGUACGCAAAGCAAGAUCAGCAAAGACGGCUCACAGACUGCUCGCCCAAAGAGACACCGUAAACCCCGGGUCAACACAGAAGGGAGGAAAACGGUCUUUGACUUUCUGAAUCACCAGCUUGGAGGAAAGAGCGCUGACGCUGCUGAGGGGGGAGCUGCUGCAUCGUUAGCAGCAGCAGCGACUGGGGUGGAGGCUUACAGAGGAGGGAAAAACAUCAAGAGGAGUCUGAAUGUGAGGUUGUUCCAGGCUGCUGAGAGGGUGUCCCAGACCGAGAGAGAGAUCCAGAAACUGACUGAGUCACUCGGCAGACAAACAGGAAGGGACACAUCUACAGUGAAGCAGCUGGAGGAGAGGCUGUCAGCGGCCCGGCGGCUGCUGGCCCAGCAGAAAGCUCAGGAGCUGUCCAUCCAAAGAGAGCACAGGAAGGCCGACACGCACAAGAAGAUGACUGAGUUCUGACUUCUCAAAGAUUUGGAGGAUGAAGGGGAGCUCUGCUCCACUGAGAUGAACUUUAGGUUCUUGGCUGUUGUCAGUUAUUUACUAUAAAGUUUUUUUAAAGACAUUUUUUGGUAUUUGUUCUUAUUGAUCGUGGACUGGAGCUGACAGCAGAGCCCAACAUUGAAAAAAUUGAUCAUUUCUGUUUCCUAGAACUGAGUUUAUUUGGUGGGAACAUUUAUUUGAUUAUAAACUGUACUGUAACAAACUAAACUUUCAUUCUUAA